CACAUUAUGGGCUUUUGUGCAUUUUAUAACAUUGAAGAUAAAAUGCUAUUCUAUUAUAAAGGUUCAUUGUAUAAUAAAGAUAUCAUAUUUAAAUUAUCUUCUUCUUGAGAUCUGGGUACUGGACUGUAAUACAGUGGCCAAUAAGCUCCUCCUGAAUAUGGCGUCUUCUGCUCUGAUUUUGCGUCACGGGGGGGGGACGGGGGGCGUACCCAUUUUACGCAGAAUUCAGUACGGUACUUGACGUUUCGGAUUUACGCACUAACCCUCUCUGCUGGUUUCACCGCGAGUAUUAUGUUUUUGAUUUACGUUAUUAAACGCUAGGCUUAUUUAGCCAAAUUCGUUGAUAUUUUGUGAAAAUAGAACUGAAUUGAAAUGUCUGUUACAUUGGAAAAUGUGAUAGGCCUAUGUGUGAGUGAGAGAUGAUACCAAAAUGGGCUUUUCAGACAGAAGACGGCGAAGACCCCAUCCAUCGACUGCUUGACAUCGACCUCGUUCCAUUUGUCAUAUUCUAUUCAAGGUUCUGUAUUCUGAUGUCGACAACAUGAGAAAGGCAUUCAUAAAACACGUCAAAGGUUUCCCGUGGCUUACCAACGUAACCCUCUACGGUUGCCUGUUCGCCGGUGGGGAUUUCGUUCACCAGUCGUUCUCGCGCAAUGAAGAAAUGGACUGGAGGCACACACGCAAUGUGGCGGUGGUCGCUUUCAGUUUCCACGGCAACUUUAACUUCUUCUGGAUGCGGGUUUUGGAGCGCAGAUUUCCCGGGAAUUCGGUCAGGAUGGUUGUGCGUAAACUUUUCUUGGACCAGACCACAGCCGCUCCUUUGGCCACUAGUGUAUUCUACACAGGGGUGAGUUUCUUGGAGGGCAAAGAGGACAUUUUCCAGGACUGGAGGGAGAAGUUCCUGAAUACAUAUAAGACUGGACUCAUGUUCUGGCCAUUCAUGCAGUUCCUGAACUUUUCCCUGGUGCCACUGUACAUGCGGACCACCUUCACAGGGUGCUGUGCCUUCGUCUGGGCCACCUUCCUGUGUUUCUCACGUCAGAGUGGGGACGGCACGGCCACCGCCGCCCUCGCAUGGAUGUUUACUCCAAAACAGGGCACGACGACAGAGCCUGAAGCGGAGAAACCAGGACCCAAACUGGACCAGACAGGGCCCAAACUGGACACAGAAGGACCCAAACAGGACAGCCCAAGCCCCAAAGAGGAGACACGAACACCCACUGUUAAGCAGGACGACCAAGCAUGAACAAAGGAGGUGGAGGCUAGUUUGAACAAGGGCGCAUAAACUGACACAACACCUAGCCAAGAGAAGGGACCACAGACAAGCACUGACUCAAAAUGAAUCUCUGGUAGAUUCUGGUUCUAUAGAAUCUUCAGAUAAGAAUUCCAUCUAUUUAUGAAUCUUAUACCUCAAAAUGUUCUCAUCUUGAAAAGUUCAAUUCCAAUGUGCUAUGCUACUGCACAAGAUAUCGGCAGGGUGUAACGUAUUGCUAUACAAAGGGGCUUUGUAUUUAUUGAACUGUUAUUGAUAACCAUUGGAUCCAGCAUUCUUGAACAAACCAUAUUUGAACAUAGAAGUGCUUGUACUACUGUACCUAUUUUGAUCUCCCCCCUUUCUCUCUCUCUCUCUCUCUCUCUCUCUCUCUCUCUCUCUCUCUCUCUCUCUCUCUCUCUCUCU